UCUCGAACUCCUCUCCACCCUCGCAUCCAGCGCACGGCACACGCGGCGCGACCUAGAGACAGAGAGACAGAGAGAGAGAGAGAGAGAGGAAGCGGCGAGGGUUUCGGCGGACGAGAUGGAGAACGGCGAGGAGACGUUCGCGUCCCCGACGGCGGCCGCGGCGGACUUCGGCUUCGGCUUCGGCCCGGCGCUCACCAACGGCGAGGGGGGCCACCCCAAGGCCUACGACCCGGAGGAGAUGGACGCGCUCCGCGCGGCCAAGCGCGACCUGGAGGAGAAGCUGGCCGAGGUGCUCCACGAGAACGGCUUCCUCUCCGCGGAGGCCGCCCGCCUCGAGGCGCUCGUGACCGGGGCCCGCGAGGACAUCGCCGCCGCCGACCGCGCCGCCGCCAAGGCCGAGGGCGAGGCCGCGGGGCUCCGCGCCGAGGUCAAGCGCCUCCAGGGCCUCCUCGACAGCUCCGACCGCGACGCCGACGGCCCGGGCGGCGCCGGCGGGGACCUGGCCACCGCGCACCAGGAGAAGCUCGCCCUCGAGGAGGAGAUCAAGGCCCUCAAGGCCUCCGCCGCCGCCGCUGCCGCAGACAAGGAGGGGGCGGAGGAGGAGGCUGCUGCCGCUCCCUCGGCCAAGGAAGGCCUGGCGGCGCCUCACGGGAAGGUGGCCGCCGCCGCAGCCGCUGGAGCCGCAGCCACUGCAGCCAUCGCUGUGGUUCUCCUCAACCUCAAGAGGUAAUCUGGUGCUCUGAAACGAGGCGCCGGAAGUUUUUGCUCUGCUGCUAUGUAUGGCUCAUACGAGACUGGAUAAUCCUUUUCUGUCGGUGGCGCGCGCUGUUAUUACUGGACUGCUAGUGUUAUGGAUUUACGUUCUGCUGGUUAGUAGCCUGAUGAAUCUGCAGAGUUGGGCACUUAUAUCGCGAGCCCUUAUGUUUACGCACUUUGCCUUGCCAUGGUAAUAAUAUGUGAAGACUACGUGAGCCACCUGUUGCUGCUAUUA